AAGAACAAUGGUAGUAUAUCUGGUCGUAGUAGAACAAGUAGUUGGAGUGGAACAAGCUCGAGAGUACGUAGUAGGGCAAAUUCAAUAAGUGCGGGACAAUCGAGUGAAGGGUUCAGGGUUGAGGCGUUAACAGGUUUACCGAAAGAUCAGCCCUUUUCCACAGUUACCAGACGGGGUGGUGCUAUUGCAAGAUCGAACAAUAAAGAGACUGAUUACGAUUCAGGAUACCAAGGUGAUAAGGAAGAUGAUGAGAAUCGAAAUAAUUUCAGUUAG